UCCCCACCACCGUCAUAUCUUGGUCUUGGUUGGUGCCCGCCAGCUAUGAUUUCACUCGCCUACUGCCAUAAGGCAUGGGGCGGCCGGCACCACGCGUCAAUAUAAAGCCCACCUAGUUUACCGUUUUUGGCCGUUUAGCGAACGUGUGUCCGAAUCGUGCAGUUCAGUUCUCUCUUGGUGCAGUGUUCUCAAAGAGAAGGAAUAUGAAGGGAUUCCUGGUGGUAGCAGCUGUUGUGACCUGUCUGGUGACCGUGUCCAGUGGAUUUCCGGAUGGUGCUCCGGCAGAUACCUGUGUCAAGACGCGGUUCAACCAGCCGAAUCAUGGCGCCGCUCGGAGUCAGGAGUUGAACACCAGCCCCUUCCGGGUGGUGGCCAGUGGAAACAACUUUUCGCCGGGUAGCCAGAUCCAGGUGGACGUUGCCGGUCAGGAUGUGUUCCGUGGGUUCUUCCUGCAGGCUCGGGAUGCCCAGACGAACGAAUGGAUCGGCCAGUGGGUGGAAUCGCCGAACACGAAAACCAUCCCCGAGUGCUCGGCCAUUACGCACGCCGAUAACAAGGACAAGGAGCGGGCUACUUUCAUCUGGACGGCGCCCAAGGACCGCCAGGGACAGGUGUACUUCACGUAA